AUGAAUGGUAACUCCGAAGUGACCUUGAAUACCUCAGGAUACUCGUACAUCACGUCUUGGGAAGAAAUCGAGGCUUCUGCUAAGACCACGGGGUGUAACUCGUGCGGUCUUCUGAAUAUCUACAGCUCAGCCGCCGUAGCCAAAACUCGAGCAGAAACCGGUAUCACAACCCCGCCCGAGCAGAAGAUACAACUACGCUACUGCAUCGAAAGUCAAGAGCGUGGCCGCCCGAACGAGUUACUGCUAUUCAUCGAUUCUUUGAAGUUUGGGAGGUUCAGGAUUUGUGCGGAAGAAGGGGAUGAUGCAGCCAACUAUAUCGGCCGUCAAGACCCUUUGCAAAAGAUCACCCCGUCUGUUGACUACGCUCUCUGUACGAAGCUGAUUGCAGCAUGCGGACUACAUGAAUCUUGCAGACGGCACCAGGAAGUCGGGCUGCCGACACGACUGAUCGAUUGUUCAGAACCGGACAACCCCCGCGUCGUGAUCACCGCAGGCCAGCGCGGGUUCUACGCCACGCUCAGUUACGUCUGGGGCGGGGCACAACCACAACAACUUACAAAGGCGACACUAACGGCAUACAUCCAGCGUAUUACCACGCCCCUCCCGCAGACGAUCGAGGAUGCUAUCUUCGUGACCCACCAACUAGGUCUACCUUACCUUUGGGUUGAUGCCUUGUGCAUCAUACAAGAUUCAGACGACGAUAAACUCCAGGAGCUUGGACAUAUGCACGACAUCUACGAACAUGGGCAUGUCAUGCUGACACCCGAGUUCGCAUACAGUGCUCGCGAGGGAUUCCUACCAGAACGCAGACCGCCUGUGCGCUUGCCCUUCUACACGCCAACCGGGCGCAUAGGAACCAUGUUAGUUCGACAUGGGCUCGAAGUCGACAGGCAAAGCGAUAGUCGCUUCCUACAGCUCCGUGCGCAAGCUUCAGAGAGCCUGCUAGCAUACGAAAGCAUCAACACGCGGGUGCCCAUAUUUACCCGGGCAUGGUGCUUUCAGGAGAAUACACUGGCGCCGCGCUCGGUUAUAUUCUGCUUCCCCGAGGUUUACUUUCGAUGUCGCAGCACCAGAGCGAAGGUCACUGAGGACGCGAAUCCCAGUCGCGAUAUCAACUCGAGUGACGUGAGCUUGUUAUUUCCGAAGGCACUUCCGGAGGAGGGGCGCAUGAGCCUUGGGCUGCAGAGCUUAUGGUACCGCAUGGUGCUGGACUAUUCAGAGCGGCUGCUAUCCUUUCCAGCCGAUAAACUCAAUGCAAUUGCUGGUGUCGCCGAGGCAUUUCAUAUGGCAGGUGCGGGUGAGUAUCUCGCUGGCUUAUGGCGUUCGACUCUCCUUGAGGACCUCAUGUGGAUUACUUUUGAUCACGGGAGCCAGCCUUCAGCCCGGCCAGAAUACCGAGCGCCUUCGUGGUCGUGGGCAUCAGCGGAUUGCCAGGUGCACAUGCACCCAUGGGAGGACGAAGCGUGGGAUCGCCGCGCCGAGUAUAGGGCAGAAGUUGUCGCUUGCACUGUGUCACCCAUCAGCACGAAAAAUCCCUUUGGUGCGGUGUCGGGGGGCGUCCUCACAUUGCGAACCAAAAUGGAGCCCAUCGAUUGGGAUCCGGUGGCCUGCCGUGUCGUUAAGACGGAUUCACAUCCAAAGGGCCUUUUGGGGGAACAGGACCGUACACAUGCCAUUGACGAAACGGCGGCGGUUACCAAAGAGUAUCAGUACCAAUUUGUUCUGCUUGCGGCAGGGUACGAUAUGUCCUACGAAGGGAGGUGGAUGAAGGGUCUGGUAGUUCUUUCCGUGGGGAAAGAUGGUGCCUUUACUCGGGUACAAGCUGUCGACGACUACAUUGUAUCGGUAUGGUAUGAGGCCGCUCCGACGAGGACCAUAUCAAUCGUCUGA